AUGGGUCAGCUCGACACAACGGUAAUCUCUUCAAGCAAUGAGACAAUGAUUGAUGCGCCCUGUCCUAUUGGCGCAGUAAGGGAAGUGUUUGGGUGCUGCAUUAGUGGUCAGCGGAAAGCGAUCCCUACCUUGAAGGGCAACCGUCCUGAUUUCUACCGCUGGAUGAUAGGCCUUAGCAGGGCGGAAGUGCACUUGACGCAGAUGGGAGAAUCUGUGAUGACGUCUACGCCAGUGGGCCUACGACUAGCGAUGGAUAUGCGUGAUGGCCACCACAUUCCCCCUUCCCCCAUGCAAGACGAAACUGCAGAUCCAGAAGAAUCGCCAAAAGGGAUCAGUGAUGUUGUUAAGGCCAUCCUCCUCUCCGCUUGUGGUUACUCUUCCGAGGCGGACGUCACAAUGUAA